CUUUGUUUUGAUUUGGUUUUGAUAUAUAAAUGAGGUUAUGUUUUUGUGAAUGAAUUUUGUAAUUAUAUUAUUAAUUAGUUUAUUACCUUAUUAUAAGAGAAGUAAAAAUGUGGCAUUCCUUAAGAACAAUUAAGUAUCGUCCACUUAAAGCUUUUUUAAAAGUUUAUGGAUGCGAAUCAGCUCAUAGAAAUAUACACGACGUAGGCCUUAAUGAUAUUCCAAAAAUUACAGCAACAGAUAUUCGUAAAGUGUUAAGACAGAAAGGAUUAGCUGUACAAGACGGUUUUACAUCACUUACUACCAAGUGUUCUUUAUGUACCGCUGAAGAUAAACCAACUGAGAACAAAUUGUAUGUCAACAAAACCACGGGCUACUUUUCAUGUCCAAAAUGUAAUGUCCAUGGGGAUUGGAAUAUAUUAGAGAAACUUAUAAAGAAGACUAGGGUAGAAGCAUCAAUAAAGGAUUUCAAAGAGAAUUGCCGUAAAGAUAGUGAGGAGUUUCAAAAUAAUUGGCAGAAGGUUGUAGAUGACACCACAUCAUUAUCAAAACUGAAUGAAUCUGAACUAUCAGAUCUUUUUAGACUGUUUGAAUUUCCGUAUUCUCAAGACAUAAGUAAAACUCUGUCAGAAGUAAGGGUGUCAACUGAUAAAACAGUUUUAUAUUUUCCUCUAAAAAACUCAAUAGACAGUGUGGUAGGAUACCGCAAACUCCAGGCAGGAAAGGAAGAGGAGGCUGAAUGCCACGGCCUCCACACAGCUGGUUUAUUCUCAUGUAAGGCACCCAAAGUGGGGCGCAGUGACCAGGCUAUUUUAGUGCCAAGUAUACAAGAUGUAUUGCAUUUGGCUUCUCACAAAGUCCCUGGCACAUUGGUUUGGUUGAGCAACUGUAGUUUACCUCCGGUUGUUUUACCUGUUUUGGAAAAUUACAACAAGUUAUGUCUUUGGGGUGACUGGAACAAUAUGUGCUCUGUUGCUGACAAAUUAAGUGUUAAUAGGUGUCGAUUUGUAAGGCCCACAGAUGGACUAGUAACCGCGACAGAGGCUGCCAUGGCAGACCUCUCUUUGAAAACAUUGGUAUCGGAGGCGAAGCCCGCGGCUCACCGCUCAAUCACUACAUUCGCUGCCCUUAGAGAUGACGUGUAUGCUGAACUCACUAAUAUUGACAAGGUGCGCGGACUAAAAUGGCGAAGGUUCCCAGCUCUUACCCGAUUGCUGGGCGGGCAUCGUCGGGGCGAGCUGACCGUCCUCACGGGACCCACCGGCUGCGGGAAGACCACCCUCUGUGCUGAGAUGUCUUUGGACCUUGCUCAACAAGGGGUUAACACUCUCUGGGGCAGUUUCGAGAUCCGGAACUCGCGGCUGGCGCGCACCAUGCUGCAGCAGUUCGCGGGGGUCCCGCUGGAGACAAACCUCCAGGACUUUGCAAAAUACGCUGAUGACUUUCAGAAGCUGCCGAUAUACUACCUCGCCUUCCACGGCCAACAGCCUAUCAAAGUGGUUAUGGAGGCAGUAGAACACGCGCGGUACAUGCAUGAUAUCGCUCACGUGGUGAUAGACAACGUGCAAUUCAUGUUGGGGCUGGGCGAGGACCGCGACGGCGACCGCUACCACCGCCAGGACGCCGUCAUCGCGGCCUUCAGGACCUUCGCCACGGCCCGCCACUGCCACGUCACGCUCGUCAUGCACCCUAGAAAGGAACGGGAAUCGGAAGAUCUAUCGACGAGUUCAAUUUUUGGCAGCGCCAAGGCGUCUCAGGAAGCUGAUAACGUACUUAUAGUUCAGGACAAACGUUUGACAGCUGUGAGGGGGAAAAAGUAUUUACAAGUUGCAAAAAAUCGAUAUAGCGGAGACCUCGGUAUUGUUCCUUUAGACUUCGACAAGGAUUGCCUCAGUUACCAGUCAAAGAAAAAAGUUAAAAAUAAGCAAGAUGAGCCAGACACUUUAUUAAACCAAUGUUUUGAAGAAUUUUCUGUAGAUGAAAAUAAUAUAUCCUCUGAUUUCGAAAGUAAACCUUUCAGGCGGAAUGGAUAUGGCAAAACACACAAUAAAAAUAAUACUGCAAAUAGCUAUCUUAGUGAUAUAUUGAAUUCUAAUAGAACUAGAUAA